CUAUAUUAUAUAAGAAGAGAAUAAUUAACUGACUGAGACGCUCUCUCUCUCUCUCUCCCGUUUCAUUUCCUUUCCUGCUCCUCCUCUUCGCUUCUCCCAAAUCUCAGAUAGAUCAGUCUAGAAGAUCUCUUUCGUGUUCUGUCUCUUCCUCUGUACCUGAUUUACCGGUUAAAGUGAUUAGUACGUGAGGAAUCCACCAACAGCUUUAACGAUGGUUUCCUUUGAAUUGAAUGACCGUAAAAAGAUUGGGUUAGGCUUGACUGGAUUUGGCAUAUUUUUUUCAUUCUUGGGAAUUGUCUUCUUCUUUGACAAGGGAUUUCUUGCCAUGGGAAAUAUCCUUUUCAUCUCUGGAGUCAGUCUCACUAUUGGACCAAAGUCUACCAUGCAAUUCUUCAUGAAACGCCAGAAUUUUAAGGGAACUAUUUCAUUUGGUGCUGGCUUCUUCUUUGUGGUCAUAGGAUGGCCAGUUAUUGGCAUGAUUUUGGAAGCAUAUGGUUUCAUUGUUCUCUUCAGUGGUUUCUGGCCAACACUGGCAGUUUUCAUUCAGAAGAUACCAAUUCUUGGAUGGGUGUUCCAACAGCCUUUUGUGAGAUAUUUUUUUGAUCGAUAUCGGGGCAAAAGAGUGCCCGUGUAAAUGCAGUAUCAGAAGGAAGUGCAACUGAACUCCAGAAUCCAGACAGGCCAACAUCAUAGCAUUUGUAAAAAAAAAAAAAAAGAGGAAUAGUCAGCUCCAGACAUAAUCUUUUUGGCACUUCUAAGGGUGACUGUUAACUCCGACAUCAUUGGGAAGUGCAACAAAGCAGCAAAUAGUACGAUUUGUAAGUCACUGUAAGAUAAAGGGGUUCUGUAUGAGUGACCAUCUAUUCAAUUUCAUUUGAUAAUAGCUUAUUCUUUUAGUA